CUCUAGGGGACGACAUUACUACAACUGGUUUUGGUCUUCACUCUGAUGUGUCUAUGUAUAAGGUGUGACCCUGUUUGCGAGUACGUCGUGCAAGAAAGCUGCAUUUCAGUCUCAGCUACUUAAGUACUUCCUCAACUCCGACAAGAGAAUGACGAUGAUAGUAUCCUGCGCAAAUUUAUUUUCCCGUUCCUGACAAAAAAGAAAAAAAAACUCAAAAAUUAAACUACGAAAGGAAAAUAUUUCGAUUCUCAAUCCAUUGCUAGCCUCGUUGUCACCAUCUUUGCCAGUCGGGCCGGGAUCGCCUUUGCGGGUUUGACUUGCCCUUUCCGGUUCUGGUAGAAUGCAGAAAACCAAGCCGGUCGGUGCGUAGCAGAGCGGAACGAAGACAAAGAAGUAGGACAACGUUUAUCGUGGUGCUACCAACGAACCAGAAUCUGUACCUUUAUCUCCAGGAAAAGCAUCUGUCGGCCGAAGUGAAGUGAAGGAAGAAGAUUUGCAGCCCUUUUCCACCAGGGAGAGAAACGACGGAAGAGAAAGUGCGAGGAGUACUUACUACUGCAGACAGACCAGUUGUUUUCAAGUUCCCACAUCAUCGCCUCGGUAGAGACGGUGAUUCAGUUUCCAACAGAGGACAACAAGACGUGCUUCUGCCUGGAAGAUCCAAAACAAAAGAAAAAGUCGGAUUGAAGAAGGAACGCUUCACUCGUGGCAGCACGAGAAAGAGCGACAUCGACCUUUUUUCCCAGCCCUGCCUAUUUUUCGUCAGCAUUUGCAAAAAUGCUGGGCGUGACCACUGCCGCACUGACCGCAGUCGCAGGUGUAGUGCCACUCGUCUUAGCUGACACGGAGAGCAAACAGAGGUUAUUGAAAACGGUGUAUUACAGUGAAAAAUGCCCCCCACCCCUUAAAUUGUAAAAAUUUGUGAUGCGAAGUGUCCAAAUGAAGACUUUUUGUCAUGCAUGAAAGGAGUAUGAAUCUUUCUGAUGCAGGGUCUAGGCGUGUAUCGCAUCGCUUGCAUGACAAGCGCCGCUCUUGCUGGGGUCUUUUGCAAUACACUACAUUCUUGCUGUUCACGAUUGGAAACCUCUGAUGCUGAUAGAUGCAAGAGGGUGAGUGUUUCAUUUGGAAAGGUUUGCAAUACAAAUUCUCCCAAGUUCGGGGGUGGGGGCAUUUUUCAUUGUAAUACGGUGCUGAAUCUCCCGUUUUUCGCCUGCAUUCUCCUCUCCCUGCUCGGCUACUCCCUCGUCGUCCGAAUCAUACCGGCCUUUGCGCCCAAAUUCGUCGACGCCGGCCUGUUCGGGAUCGAUUUGUCAAAGAGGACGACAGCGAGGAAUGCGGACGGGUCAUUGAUCCGACCGGUGCAGGGGAUCAAAGUGCCCGAAGCGGUGGGGGUGAUCCCAGGAGUGGUGUACUGCUUCUGCGUGACCUUUUUUCUCCCCUUCGCGUUUUUAUCCGCAUUUUCAUCUUCGAACCCGACGAGUGGGACCACGAAUGGUUUCACUAACGGGGCGGCCGGGACGAGCAACUACGCAAUAAGUGCGGGUGACUACUACACAAACUCCCUCACACGCUGGCUUUUCUCCUUCUUCCAAGUCGGCCAGGAGGGGUUAAUUGAGCAAGAAUUAGAAAAAGCAUCGCCAAACAACUUGAUCGCAGCGGGAGGAGACCAGGGAAAUAAUGUUGGCGCAGACCUCUUCAGUGGCAGUAGUUUCAUCCCGGGAACUACAGCGUCGUCCAUUGGCUCAGCGCAGAUCAUUGCGCAGAAACUGCAGCAAGAUGUCGACUCCUUCUCGCGCAUGGUGCAAUUCUUGGCCGCAAUAUUGUCGAUUUGCAGUAUGAGCUUCUUUAUCAACUGUAAAAAUGUCUGGGUCUGGAAGAAUCCAACUUGUCAUGCUGAUUUUGGAUUCUAAAAAAAUCUGUAUUGCAUGAGCAGCAAAGAAAGUCCAAGUUUUGCUACACGGAAAGAGCAUUUGUCAUGCGGUAUAGGCAUGAGGAAGCCCUCACAAAAUCUGUGAUGCUAGGGCAUGCAUCACAGACAUCAGGAGUCAUGCAAAAUGUGCAUGACAAACCUGGCAAUCUUCCAGACCCAGACAUUUUUACAUUUGAUAUUCUUCGGGUUCGUAGACAACGUGCUGAAUUUGAGGUGGCGAGACAAGCUGCUUUUACCAACUCUUAUCAAAUGUAAAAGUGUCUGGGUCUGGAAACUUGUGAUGUUGGGUGGCGUCUCAUGAUGAGGCCACAAAUGCUGGCUCAGCAUGACAAGUUUCUGAGCUUCUAGGUGUUGCCUAUGCUGCAUGACAAACUGCGUUCCUGCAUCACAGAAAAAUUGAGCUCUUGGGUAACGUGCGUGACAGAUUUAAGAGUCAUGCCAGAAAAGCAUGACAAACAUGCAUUCUUCCAGACCCAGACAUUUUUACAUUUGAUAACUCUAGCCAGUUUGCCACUGUUGCUGGUAUGAGUUAACGUAGUGAUGCGCUGUUCUUGCUACACUGUUAUCCACGACGUGUCUCCUAAUACCGUGGCAUCUGUUCUCAUCCCUGUGGUCCUGUGGAUUUCGGAGUGCUAGAGAACCAACGCUCUAGUAUGUUGACUGCAUUCAGAACUACAUUCUAAAAAGGUCUACUUCGCGACGCUGGGCACAACAUCGGUCCUCCUCCCGUUGCCGCUGCGGUGGAUCUUCUCCUUCGACAUCAUUGACCUGGGGCCGUUUUUUUACCUGUUUCUGUGCAUGAUCACGAUUUUCAGUGUGAAUGCCAUCAACAUCUACGCGGGGGUCAACGGGUUGGAGGCGGGACAGAGCCUGAUCAUCGCGAUUUCCCUAAUCUUGAACAAUCUGAUCCAACUCGCGAGGCUACCUGAGGAAUUUGCGUUGGGCCGGGAGCGACAUCUGUUCAGCCUGUACAUCCUCUUACCCUUCGUCGCGGUCACGCUCGGUUUGCUGAAAUUCAACUGGUAUUUAUAGUCAUGCGGAACGGAUUGUUGUUCUUGUUGACUUCUUCGUCUGGGCGCGAUUAUAGCUUCAUCGUAAUUGAUGAUGAUGAACAUGAACGUGCACGCAGCAGCGGAAAGUCAUUGAUUUCAAAAAAGUUUUUGUAAACCCCAAAAAUAUUUUUUUAUAACCAGGUAUCCAAGCCGCGUCUUUGUCGGCGAUACCUUCUGCUACUUCGCGGGCAUGACCCUUGCAGUCGCUGGGAUUUUUGGGCACUACAGCAAAACUCUGCUGCUGUUCCUGCUCCCACAAAUAUUGAAUUUCGUCUACGGCCUCCCCCAACUCUUCCGGCUCGUCGAGUGCCCGCGGCACCGCCUGCCCGGUUUUGACCCGGAGAAGAACGUGAGCGUGAAUAGUUUCGCCACCGUGCGGGUAGAAGAGCUUUCCGUCGCCGGGCGACUAGUGUUUUCCGUCUACAAAACCUUCCGGCUCUGCAAGAUUGAGGAAAUAACGGUUGCACUAGAAGGUAGCGCAGCUUCUGAUAACGGUAACAGCUACGACGCUGCUGCUUCGUCGUCGCAGCAAGAAGAUGAUUUCAACGCGAACGACAACGACGACGAGGACAUUCAUUUUGUGCAGCAGGCGAGCAAGGACAGCGCAGCGAGGAUCAGUCGAGCGUCGAACUAUUCAACCACGAGUCUGAAGCAGAGGCCAACGACAAGGUCGUCUCUUUCAGAAGCGGAAGGGGCUGCUAUGGGGAGGACAAGUACAUCACAGGCACUAGUUGCCUCGGAACAAAAGAAGGAAUACAGGAUUAGUAAUCUGACUCUAAUUAAUUUUGUUUUGUAUGUUUUCGGGCCCAUGAACGAAGAGACUCUGGUAAUCGUCUUGCUAAUAGCGCAGGCGAUGUUCAGUCUGUUAGCGUUUUGCCUGCGGUACUUCGUGUCAACUUUCCUAUACACAAAGGUACUGUAG